AUGGGUGUCGAAAGAAAGAUCAUUACCCGCGGCACCGGUGCCUCGCCUGCCUCAGGCGAUAAGGUCUCGAUCCACUACACUGGUUGGAUCCACGAUCCUAAGAAGGCCAACAAGGGCUUCCAGGGCAAGCAAUUUGAUAGCUCCCGAUCGCCCGGUCGUGGCCCGCUCAAUGUGCAGAUUGGUGUUGGUCAGGUUAUCAAGGGCUGGGACGAGGGUGUGCUGCAGAUGAGCGUUGGCGAGAAGUCCAACCUGACCAUUACCCCGGACUAUGCCUAUGGCGACAAAGCGGCUGGCAAGAUCCCCGCAGGCUCUACUCUCAUCUUCGAGGUUGAGCUUCUUAAGAUCAACUAA